GAACAUUAUUUUCUACAGUUAUAUAAGUUGAGUGGGAAAGAGUGGUGAAACAGCAAUGGAUUUUGUGAUCCCCGAAGAAAUUCUGGAGAUUUUGAUCUGUCACUGUUGUCAGCGCUUUCUGUCAGCUCUUCCAGUGAAAGUCUACAGCAAUAGAAAUGUCAGAUGCGGAAGAUGUUCACAAAAUAACGACGAUGAAGGAGUGAUAUCCUUUUAUGAACUACUAGCAGAAAGAAGUCUCUUCAAAUGUGUCAACAGAUUUGAUGGCUGCAGAACACUACUGAGAAGCUUCCAAGUAGAAGAACAUGAAGCAAAAUGUGAAUCGAGAACAUAUGUCUGCCCUAUCUGUGAAAACUUUGAAGUUCCCACAUUCAUGAUGCCAAGACACUUUGAACAGCAACAUCAGUCUGUGAUUCUGCGCAAUCCCUAUAUUUCUGUGGACUUAAGAAGAUCCUUCCUUGAGUACGAGAAGUUAUUUUUCUACCGUUUUAAAGAUGACCUAUUCAUGAUAUUGUUUAGGCUCAAUCCAGCAGACAAGGUUAUUUCUCUGAAUACUUUUCACUUUGGCGAAAGAACAAGAGCUGCAGGAAUCAGACAACGGUUCAUUGUACAUUUCACAGGGGCUGAAGUUACCGUGGAGACUGAUGAAAAGUCUUGUGUUCCUUACAGUAAGGAGAGAUUUCAAGAUUCUGGAACAUCGAAAGGAUUUGUUAUCAAGUUUGCCAACUUGUCUGCAAAGCAAUACGUCAAUAUAGAAUUGAAACUCGACGUUGCUGAAAUAGUUGGGAUUCUCACUAUUUCGACUUCAGACCAAGAAGAAACAAAACCUCCUGAGCAAAUUCGGAGAAGUCUAUCUUACAUGAGAAGAGGUAAGCGAAGAUUUCGAGGUACCUCACGAAGGCCAAAUCCCCAAUUAUCAUCGAAUACACUGACUUCGACAACAUCUACUAACACGGGCACUAUCAUAAAAUUAUCCAAAUCAACAAAUACUCUAGAUUUAUCCGAUACCAACUCGAAAAAAAGUGAUGAAUUGGAUCACUUUAGAAGAUUUUCGGAUAUAUUCUUUCAGAAAAAGCUCACUCUUCCGAGGAAAAUUUAUUUAGAUGGCUAUUUUCGGAAGCAUUAUUCAGAGUAUUCCACCGAUUUGGAUUUCUAUAAUUUGAUCAGGACAACAUUAUCUGGAAAAGUGGAAAUAAUUUUGCCAUGUUACUUUUGCCAUGAGUUGUGUUUUGAUAAAGACACGUAUGUUGAAUCUGUUUUUCUGAGGCAAAAUCGGAGUUACUUUUGGAUAUGUUUUUCUUGUUACCUUAUUUUCAAAAGCUCAGAGGACUACAAGUUCACGUAUUCGCAAGCCAGGCUAGUUUUGGAGUACGAUGUUUACUCUUACAUACUGUUUUAUUGCUAUUGGGGUUGCACCACGGCUUCUUACAACAUAAGCCUUCACAAACACGAAAUCUAUUGUGUAAAUCAGCCAUCACAGUCGUGUCCAGUGAAUCAAUGCACUCAUAUGGUUAAAUUGUUUGAAAUAGAGAAACACUUCAGUGAGAAACAUGCUGGAAAUCAGUUCGUCAGUCUGCAGUCAACAUUCAUAACCAAGUUGAAUCGAAAUGAUAAAUACGAAUUCCAGUGGUAUGUUUGGACACCACCUUCAUUCGUUAUGGUGAAGUUUUCCUGGAAUAUGGGAAAUUAUUCCUGGUGUGUGACUAUGGGGAUAUGCGAAGCUGACUCUAAAGUACAACCAAUAGUUUAUUUGUUUGACAAUGACUGGCAGAUUUUGAAAGUUCUGAAAACAAAUGAAACUGCACAGGCGAAGCAGUAUAUCAGUGAAACAGAAAAUGUAAGAAUCAAAUGUUUUGUCGAACCAAAAUAAUUUGUGUUGUUACUUUGGAAUCAGAAAAUGCAACAAAAUAGUAAUAAUGAUGGCUUCAUGAUCAUCAAUUACUCAUGUUUUGAUAAGUAGUGAUACCAGUUUGGAAGGAGGUUUCAAGAAAACAUCCGUUCACUUUUUUAACCUCACUGUCAGGAACUUGGUAUUGAUAUUUGUUAAUAUAAUAUGUAUCGAUGAGAAAAUUUUCAGUCUCUCAAAAUCAUUUACUCAUAUCUUUUGUCAACAAAUUUAAAUGAAUUUGUA